AUGUCCCUGAGCAAGGCCCCAAGGCUGGCAGAGGGCCGGGUCACCCUGGGGGCAGCCGUCUUGCUGCUUGGACUCUGGGCAGUACUGGCUCCAGUCCAGUGCUCUCAAGGCCGUCCCUCAUGGCGCUACAUCUCUUCGGAGUUGGUGAUACCCAGGAAGGAGUUGCACCGAGGCAAGGGUGUUCAGACGCCGGGCUGGCUCUCCUACAGCCUGCGUUUUGGGGGCCAGAGGCACGUUAUCCACAUGCGGCGCAAGAAUUUAUUUUGGCCCGGACACCUGCUGCUGAUGACUCAGGAUGACCAAGGAGCCUUGCAGAUGGACUACCCCUUCGUCCCUUCAGAUUGUUACUACCUCGGCUACCUGGAGGAGAUUCCUUUUUCCAUGGUCACCGUGGACACGUGCUAUGGGGGUCUUGAAGGUAUUAUGAAGUUGGAUGACCUUGCAUAUGAAAUCAAACCCCUCAAGGAUUCAGAAAGGUUUGAACAUGUGGUUUCUCAGAUAGUGGCAGAUGCCAAUGCAACAGGACCUGCAUAUGGACCGGGACACAAGGAGGAUAGACACCCACUGUUCCCUGAAGCAGAUGUCAGUGUAGCCCCCAGGAGUGCUGAUCGUAGUCUACUUUUCGUUGGUUAUCUAGGCAGACAUUAUUUAAUAUUAGCUAUUGUAUCAACCCAACUCAUUGGGAGAAGUUUUGGUCUGUGGUAUGAUGGUGAUAACUGCUAUUGCAUGAGAAGGAGCACCUGCCUUAUGGCAAAAUACCCAGCCUUGACAGAUGCCUUCAGUGACUGUUCCAUUGGGCAUUGGUGGAACAUAGUAGGACUACGGGGCAGUUGUAUAUUUAACACAACGGUGAGCUACUUUAAUGAAAGCCUGAUAAAGAUGCGUUGUGGAAACUAUAUAGUGGAGGAUUGGGAGCAAUGUGACUGUGGCUCCUUCAAGCAGUGUUACAGCAACAAAUGCUGCGAGUAUGACUGCAUGUUGGAGGAAGGGGCUACUUGUAAUGAAGGCCUAUGCUGUACAAACUGUACCUACUCUGAACCUGGGACACUCUGCAGACCAAUCCAGAAUACAUGUGAUCUUCCAGAGUACUGUUUUGGAACAACCAGUCAAUGCCCAGAAGAUUUUUAUAUGCAGGAUGGAACGCCCUGUACUGAAGAAGGCUACUGCUAUCAUGGAAACUGCACUGACCGCACAAUGCACUGCAGAGAAAUCUUUGGAAGACACGCUAUUAACGCUCAUGACGUCUGCUAUACAAUAAAUAGAAAAGCCAAUCGAUUUGGACACUGUACAAGAAAUGAUAGGGUGUUGAACUAUGCUGCUUGUGGAGAAGCAGACAUAAGAUGUGGAAGGCUGCAGUGUAGCAAUGUCACUCAUGUUCCCCGGUUGCAGGAACAUGUUUCAUUCCAUCAGUCAAAGAUCUCAGGGGUCUGGUGUUGGGGAGUAGGCAGUCACUAUUCCCCAGAAACAACUGAUGUUGGUCAUGUGAGAAGUGGUACCCCCUGCGCUCCUGAGAGGUUCUGUCUCAAUAGCGCCUGCAAUGCUCGUAUAGAUGCAAUAACUUAUGACUGUCCCCCUAAGAAAUGCAAUCAUAGAGGAAUUUGCAACAAUAGAAGGAAUUGCCAUUGCCAUGUAGGCUGGGAGCCUCCACUGUGCUUAAAGAGAGGUCCUGGAGGGAGCAUGGACAGCGGACCCAGUUCAAGAAGAAUUCGCUCAGUAAAAACAAGCCAAGCAUCGAUCCUAUAUUUGAAACUGGUCUUUGGUCGCAUUUAUACCUUCAUAGCUGCACUCCUCUUUGGUGUGGCCACCAAUGUUAAAAAUGUCAAGACCUCCAGAGUUAAGGAAGUGAUAGUAGGUGAUAAAUAAAUUAUAAACCAGCCUCCCGACCCCUGUACAACCAUUGGUAAUAUAGAAGUAAUAUCAAUAUAUAUGAUGAAAUCAGUAAUAAGAUGGCAAAGCUGAAUAUCAUGUUCUAGAAGUCUGCAGGAGAUGACGGGGGAUUUCCGUACAUCAGGGGCGGUCAAGAGGCAUCGAUGUUCUCACAUCAGGUCUCUUUGAUAGGUCACUGAUCAGGGCUGUGAAAUAAAUCUUGAAAAACCACUUGUUGGUGCCCUCUAAUAUUUUGUAAACUCUAAGAGAGCAAAUUGAGCUUGAGACUUUGGCCCGGAGAGAGACCUGAGUCAGCAGCUGGGUCUUGACCUGAGUUCACUGGUCCCAGUAAUAACAAACAUUUUCAUGGGCUUCUUUAGGGGCAGAUUCAUAACAUUUCUCCAAAUUAGUGCUCUUGAACACUGGGGUUUUCUGCUUCCUCUAUUUAAUCUCUUCUUCUCUAAACCCAAAGUGGGUUCAGGGUAAUAGAGGGCCCCUCCCAACCAGCACUGUCUGUCUCCUUCUGGGGUGGCUGUGGUCUGUGGGGUGAGAGUGAUGUGGGCUCAAUUCCCACCUAGCAUAAACUAGGACACUCCGGAGAGCAUAUUUCCCAAGGUGGGACACGGAGAUCAGGAGGCUGAAUGUAGCAUUCACUGAAAUUCCAUCAGAAAGUUAGGUAGAAAUGCCUAUCAGGGACUCUGGCAUUCAGAGGGAGUCCUGUGAAUGUUAAUCCCUCCCUUCCUUCUUGCAUCUACA